AGCGGACUGGUUGCCGCGCCCGCCGUCGUGUUUCUCCGCUCGGGAGUGUGCUAGAGUGCGCGGGUGUGUUUGGCUCUGUGAGCGAGCGGCCGUGCAACGAUAUCCAAUGCAGCCCAGCUGGCUUUUGGCGCCUGCGGGAACUGGAGCGAUAUUUCUGUGAACCGGACCAAUUUUUGAAGAAAAUAUUGCGAAGACUGCGGGAUUUUCGAAGUUGUUUCUCGAUGAAGUGUGUUGCUUACUGCCGUUGGGCUUGUUUACAAGUCAAGUUGGAAUACAUUAAAUCGUCGUGGACGUGUGAAAAGUAAAACUGUGAACUAGUCAUAUGAUUGUUUUUUUUUGUACUGUUUACCCCCUUUAACUCACUUGACAUUUUCGUAUUUGUGCACAAUUUUGUGACUGAAGUCAUUUGUUGAAUAAUUUUUUACGAAUUGUUGAUUCAGAGUAAAAUAUUACGAACGUUGUAAAGGAAAUAAGCCAGUGGGUUGCGGAGGCUGCUGUACUGCGCAGUGAUACGUUUGUUUGGAAAAUAUGGCAGCCUGGCGAGAGUGGUGACUGAAGUAAAGAAAAUAAGACGCAUUUUUCUAACAUAUAAGUUCGUCGUGACAUUUAGUGGUUUAGAACUAACGAAAUCUGGGGGUUUAAUGGAGUACAUUAUACCCUCCAUAUUUGUUUACAUCGCUGGCGCACGCGACAUUAUUUUCUCUUUCGAUUCCCUAACAAGUUAUUGCAACACUUGUAUGCAAACCAUGUGAGUUCACCAGUCGUCUGUGUUGGUGGUAGUAUUGUAUAGUUGGAGUUAACCGGUACUCGCAUUUGUCUCGCUCGAACGCACGCUUUCUUUGUCAGAGAAUGUCAGUUCGGUGAACCGUCCGUCCUACUACGACUUGGAAUAAUUCGUGCGUAGGAGCGGCCGAACAGAGCGUGUUAUCACUCUCAAUAAAAAAACAAAAAAAGAAGAGCGCCAUCACCGCGCGAUAUGGAGGAGGGCCCUCUUCCGGCGAACGCGACGGAGCCGCUGCUGCAGUGCGCGCUGCUCGGGAACUGCAGCGGCGGCGGCGGCGGCGGCGGCGGCGGCGGCCCGGCGGGGGCGGCGGCGGCGCCGUACCGCGACCCGCACCUGCACAUCGCCCGCAACGUGCUGGUGACGCUGAGCUACCUGGUCGGCAUCGCGGGCAACGCCGCCGCGCUCUACAUCCUGCGGAGGCGGCAGCGCGCCAAGCGGCCGCGCAGCAGCAGCAAGCACGCGCUCAUGCUGUGCUGCCUGGCGUGCAACGACCUGGUCGCGCUGCUGGGCAUGCUGGUGCAGAUGUACAUCCGCGUGCUGGUGCCGCGCCCCCUGUACGACGAGCAUGCGGCGUGCGUGGCGCGGGUGGUGUGGCGCCUCUUCGGCCUGGGCUCGGGCUGCGUGGCGGCCGUGAUGGCGCUGGAGCGCUGGCUGGCGCUCACGCACCCCUUCCUCUACCAGAAGCAUGUUACCGUUGAGAUCAUUCUCAUAGCGAUUUUCUGCUUGUGGGGCCAUGUUUUGGUAUUGGUUUGCUUACCCUUUGCUGGAUUUGGAAUGUAUAUAAAUAGCAAAGGAAAGUGCGACCGCUACAGAAAUGCAACGGAGCCCAAAGAUAUUGCUUAUGCAUACCUGUUUUUCACAUUCGGCACGCUGCUGUGCUUGUGCAUCGUGUGGUGCAACCUGGCCGUGGUGCGCGCCUUGUGUCACAUGGACAUGGGCAAGUGGAGCGGCGCGGGCGCGGGCAUCGGCCGCAGAAUAUCCCGCCAGUCGCUCGGCGCCGCCUCCAAAUGCAGCCGGCGCAGCACGGUGCACCGGAGCGAGGCCGCCACCAUGACGACGAGGAUCGGCGAAACCGCUGCCCUGGACCUGAGCCCGGCGGACCUGGCCGACGCGCCGCCAGCCCUCGACAGGCAGAGCAGCUCGCAGCGCCUGCUGAAGGCGUCGUUCCGUUGUAGCGACCGCGUCUCUUCGCAGUGCACCUGCUCUUCGUGUUCGCAAAAGCCGAUGAUCGCCAGCGGCUCCAGGAACAAUUCGAGAGAUAAAUUUGUUCAGAGCGGAGCCCAGCAGAUCACCUACAACGUGUGCACCAGCGAGGAGGUGGCGUUUGCUCGCCUCAUGACGGUGCUCAGCAUCUUCUUCGUGGUGUGCUGGGCCCCGCAGAUGAUUUCCAUUUUUCUUGCACAGUUUACUUCACAUUCAAAAGGUGCAGCUUUAUUUUAUGCUGCGUCUGAUUUAUUAAUGGCUUUACAUUUCACUAUUGAUCCAUAUGUGUAUGUUGUGUUGCGCAACAAUGUUCAGAACAGAGUCAAACUUCCAAUGAAGUUGAAUUGUCAGAGAGGUGUGUUAGUCAAGAAGAAAUCAGUUAAGUCAUUGGUAUUGCUACCAUAUAACCAUGAAUUUCUUCGACAUGUCAAUGUACAAAUUAUACAAGAUUAUAUAUUAAAUAAUACUGUUGUAACUCAAAAAAAUCAAAUAUUUUAUUAUACCAAAUUUUUCAUAACUGAUGUAUUAUUGCCACAUAUUCCAUUUUCCAAUAUACUAGAGAAAAUGGUUGGGCAACAUCAGAACAUUCAAGAAUUUAAACUCAAAUAUUAUUUUGUGUACUCUUGUUUCUUGAAAUGUUUAGAAAAAGCUAUUGUAGUAAUGCUAUUUUUAUUCAUUCAUUUUGAUUUUCUGACAUGA